AGGAAAGAGAUGGGUGGGUUGACUGCAUCUAUCUGGACCUAAAAAGUUAGGGGAGGUCCUAGGUCCUAGGGCCACCGGGGAGUUAGCCCGGUGGCCCUCAACCUUUCCUGGUAUGAGAGUUUAUGUGGUUCUGGAAUGAUUUUUGUUGCCCAGUGUUGAAGCCUUCUCCGAAGAAACUACAUCUUCCUGAAGAUGAGGGUUUAGUGUCUCUUGUCACUGGGGGAGCAUCUGGCUUAGGGAAGGCCACUGUGGAGAGAAUUGUUCGGGAAGGCGGGCGGGCGGUCAUCUGCGACCUGCCCACAUCACAGGGAGCCAAGGUAGCACAGGAUAUUGGUGACCAUGUCAUCUUUGUGCCAACUGAUGUGUCAUCGGCCCCAGACGUAGAGAAUGCUCUAUCAGAGUGCAAGAACAAAUUUGGUCGUCUAGAUGUAGCCGUCAACUGUGCCGGCAUAGGCAUAGCAGUGAAGACAUACAACCACAACAAGAAAAUAUCUCAUGAUUUAGAAAGUUUCAUGCAAGUUCAAAAGGUGAAUUUAGGUGGAACCUUCAAUGUCAUUCGUCUUAGUGUAGCAUUAAUGGCGGAAAAUGAACCGAACACAGAUGGUCAGCGAGGAGUUAUAGUGAACACGGCAAGUGUUGCAGCCUUUGAUGGCCAGAUUGGGCAGGCAGCAUAUGCGGCCAGCAAGGGAGGUAUUGUUGGCAUGACACUUCCAAUUGCCAGAGACCUGGCACCCUUGGGCAUCAGAGUUUGUACCAUUGCACCAGGAUUAUUUAAGACCCCAUUAUUGAUGAGCCUGCCAGAAAAAGUACAGAGUUUCUUGGCCAAAACUGUUCCAUUUCCACAGCGUCUGGGUGACCCAGAUGAGUAUGCCAUGAUGGUUCAGGCAAUCAUCACAAACCCCAUGAUGAAUGCCGAGACGAUACGUGUGGAUGGUGGUAUUCGAAUGCAAGCUUGAGCUAUGGCAACUUUGUAAUUCUAACUUUGUAUAUGAAUUUCUUGUACAUGUUACUCUGAUUAUGCUUCAGUUGAAUAUCAAAGUAAAAUAUUUUCUUAGUACAGAAGUGUAAAAAGUUUAUGGGAUUUAUUUAAUACAUUUUGUAAUGAUUUUUACUUCACUGUUAGUUAUUGAUGCUAAAAGCUUUUUUUCCAGGCACAAUGAUGUUAAGAAAACUGUUCAUAAAAAUGUUAAUAUGCUGACAUUUGCUGCUUCAUACUUCUGUCUUCAUUAAUAUUUUUAAUCCAAAGUAAACUCUUCUAAUGGGUGCUCCUAAACAUUAUAUAAAUACAAUUAAAACUACAACCCUUGUGUUGAUAACAAAAUCUUGUACUGUUUUUCAUUCAAUGAAUAACAUUAAAAAUCUUGUACUGUUUUUCAUUCAAUGAAUAACAUUAAAAAGGGUUAUAAUAAUACAAGACUGUACAUUGGCUUUAUAUUAAAGAAUAACUUAGGUGGGCGGGAAAUGACAUACACGGAAAAGCUAACAGAGCACUGAAUGAUGGGGGAAGACGGUUACUUGUGGACACCACCGCCACCACCGGCAGUAACGUGGCUGCGUGGAGGUGGGGUCGUGACUACGAUAAACAUAAAAGUCUGUAUUUAUUCAGUUACAGUAUUAGUGAUUUUAUCUUGAGGCCUAUCAAUAAUAAAAACAAUAAUGAGCAUAAACAUUACUAAUUAUUGGCUAUGAGUUUGGGAAUGAGGUGAGACUGAUUGUGAACUUUUGAGUUGAGAUAACUUUUUAAAAUUUAUUUAGUUUAGACUGUUUAGGACAUUAAAAUACAUGUUUAGUAUUUUAAACUUAAUAUAUAAGGUGGAGCAGCUUUUGUGUGUUCAUGUUCAUGAUUAGUGUGUAUAUGUGACUUAUACUGUAAGGUACAUUUCUUGAGUAUUGUGCUUGAGCAUGUGUGCAGCUACCGGUAAAGAAUGUGAAUUCUUGAGAAUGUACAUUAUUUUUAGGAGGGAAUUAUCAGGGGAAAGAGCCCAGCCAUUAUGACUGUAGUACUUGGAAGGGGUCAGAAUAAGGAUUUGGGAUGGGAAGGAUUCGUGCCCAACCACUUGGACGGUCGGAGAUUGAACGCCGACCUGCAUGAAGCAAGAGCGUUACUCUACCGUCCAGCCCAAGUGGUUGGGCGAACAUUUUCAAGAGGUAUGUUCAUAGGUUUUAUAACUAAAACUCUAGUAAUGUUGAGGUUUCUCAUAUAUUUUUGGUUUCUUUAGAUGUUUGAUUUAAUUUAUAAUUUAAAAUAUUAUGUUUUAAUAUAAAAUUUACAAAAUUGCAAUUAAGAAACGGCUAAUUGUUCUUGACAAAGUUUAACAAUAAUUGAUAUAAUAUGUAUAAUUUACUGACCCAAAAUGUAACAGGUAUUUACAUUCACAUUCUUAAUUAAUGUAAGCUGGCACAUUGUAUUCUAAUUAUGAUGCUGAACAGCUUGUGUCUGAUGUAACCAUCUGUUACUAGCAUUGAAGUAGAAUGUAUAUACAAAAUUAAAUAAU